AUGCAAUGCUCUUACGACACAAGAGGCAAUAGUGUCCCAACUAUACUUUUACUAAUGCAAGAAAGAUUAUAUGUGCAAAGUGGUCUAAAGGCAGAAGGGAUUUUUCGGAUAAAUCCAGAGAAUAGCCAAGAGGAGCAUGUUAGGGACCAACUCAACAGAGGAAUUGUGCCUGACAACAUUGAUGUCCAUAUUUUAGCUGGUCUGAUCAAAGCUUGGUUCCGAGAACUCCCGUCUGGUGUGCUUGAUGGGCUUUCCCCAGAAGAAGUGUUACAAUGCAAUACAGAAGAGGAAUCUGUUGAGCUCGUAAAACAACUGAAACCGACUGAGAGUGCAUUGCUUAACUGGGCAAUUGAUCUAAUGGCUGAUGUAGUCGAACAAGAGGAAUUCAAUAAAAUGAAUGCUAGAAAUAUUGCUAUGGUUUUUGCCCCGAAUAUGACUCAGAUGUCAGAUCCAUUGACGGCUCUUAUGCAGGCUGGUCAAGUAAUGAACUUAUUGAAGACAUUGAUCAUUAAAACGUUGCGAGAACGUGAAGAGGCAGAAGCGGGAAGAUACUCACCGACGUCAUCACGUUCCUCGAAUAUUGGGCGAACGGACGAGGAAUAUGAGAGCCAACAAGAGAUGGAUACUAGCUGUGAAUCAACAGGGCCGGCAUCUGAUGAUGACGAUGAGCAACCCCGUUACAGCACAAGUAGCGAAGACAGAGACGAAGUUAGAUCACCGAGCGAAAUAGAAGAAUGCUUCCUAAGGCAAUUGGACGAGAAUGAAAAUGCAAAAAAUGGUUUUCGGAAACAAUUAGAGGGAAUUUUGAGUAGAGAGAAAGUGAGUCCUGGAGGUGGUUCUACAUUCAACGAUGAUUCUCAUGUUCCAUUAUCCGACAGCAAGACAGCUAGUUCCUGUGUGAGCAUGGACGAUGGAGAAGACUCGAGAGCAAUGAACGUACGGUUAACAUCUGCAGCCAUUAAAGACGUGGAUACGUUAGACAACAAUGUGGUAGAAUCUCCGCUUCCCCCUGCGCAAUUGUGCGUUCCUAAUUAA